AUGUCGUCGAUCCUCAGGCAGGCCACCAACGUCGCCCGCAACGCGUCCCGCACACGCACGUUCACGUCCUCGGCCGUGACUCGCAAGGACCUUGUCCAGGACCUUUACCUCCAGCACAUAAAAGGUUACAAGCCAGCUACCAUUGCCAAGGAUCACCAUGUUGGUUCCGUGAAGCAGUUCUCUUUGCCACCGACACCCAAGGCCCCCGCCCUUCCCACUGACCUCGCCGGUGAGCUUGCGACAUACGACGCGGCUGAGCCCACCCUUGCCGAGGCCCCUGCGUCGACGGCAAUAGCGACAGCGGAGGAUGCGACUGGCGGUGCUGAGGCCUUCCUUUCCUUCCUCGAGCAAGACGUUCCCAAGCCCGAACACCAUCACUAG